AUGGCAUGUCUAUUUGAGAGAAUCCAACAACCGGGAAACUAUAGCCUAAUUGACCCCAAGGACUUCGAAGGGGGCCCCAACGACUUCUCAGUUCGUAAUCGCACAUUUACGCAUUUAUGGAAUUUGUUAGCGGGCAUAGUUGAGACGCUCCGCCCCAUGGCCUUGCCCCUCCAUCGCAGAGACUCCCAAUUCGAGAUGAAGCUUGGUCUUUGUCCGAAACAGACCGGAGUGCUUGAUAUCGACCACAGCUUUGUUCUUCUCUGUGUUCCGUUCCCGCCGCUGGGCGACGAAGCUGCACCAGACUGA